CGGGAAUAUAUGUUUUGCGAUUUGCAUAGCUUAUUUUGUUACAUUUGUAAAAACUUUAGGUUAGCGCCAUCUGUGUAAUUGUUUUGAUAUUUUAUAAUUGUGUUAUCAGUGUCUAUCUGUUAUAUGUAGUUCUUUUUAGUGUGUUUCCCUUAAUAAUAUAAAUGUGUGGUAAACGUCGUGUAAUUAAUUAUUCUUUUUUAGAUUAAUAAAAUCGGUUAAAACCACAUUACAAAUUAAUUACAUUUCUGAAGGUACCAUAUUAAAAGAAGAUGAGUAUAAAGAAGGAAGAGAGAAAAUUAUUUAUACAUAUUAUCAGAAGAGGGGAAGACGUUUUUGAGGUAGCUGGUUUGUCAGAAAAUAAGAUUUUGUGGUGUAUUUUGCCAAGUGAGUAUCAAAAUAUUAAAUGUCACAAAAUUUUACUGUCAAAAUCUACGAUAAGAAGUGCUAUUAAUGCAAUUAAACCGAUUAAUGGUUUUCGCAAAGUUGGCUUAAAAAUAGAUGAAGAUCUAAAGAAAGAAUAUUUUGAUGAAGAAGAUAAUUUAUGCUUUAAAAAUCUACCGUUAGAAGAAAUAAACUCUAUGUCUGAUAUCACUAUUCAGUCAAACAGUUUUGAAGAAGGAAUGAUUUUAAUGGAAAGAAUUAAAGAAUUGGAAAACAAACUUAGUUUAAGUGAGGAAGCUUCUUUACAUUUAGUUGAAAAAAAAUUUUUAUUAGAAAAGUUUGAAAAAAAACAAAAUGCUGCAGAAUGGAUAGAACAGUUUGAAAAUGAAUGCAAGCGACACAAAAUAAAUAAUAACAAAAAGAUUGAGGCACUUAGAUUUUUUUUAGAUGGGUCAUCUAAAGAUUGGUAUGAGUCAAAUUUGAAAAAGAUUGGUCCAGUAAAUUGGGAUGAAUGGAAAAGUUCAUUUCUCAUAAUUUUUGUUGAUAAAGGAUGGAUUAAUGUAAGAAAAGCCUUUAAUUACAAAUACCUGGGUGGUUCUCUAGUAGAUUAUGCUCUGACUAAAGAAAGAUUAUGUUUAGAAGCUGAGAAAAAUGCGACAGUUAUGUCAAGAAUUAACUUGAUUGUAGUUGGGUUGUCUUUAGAGAUUCAAGAUGAACUUGACCGAGAAACAAUAACAACGAUGGAAAAAUUGGUAACUGAACUAGCAAAAUUAGAAGGUUCAGUAAGAACAAAAAAAAAAGAGGUUGCAUCAAGUACAAAUUCAAGUAUAAAAACUGAAAAUUUUAAGGGUAGAACUGAAGAACAAAAGAAGAAGAUAAGUGAAACCUUUAAGAAACCUUGUUAUAUGUGUGAAAGUUUAGGGUGGCGAAACCGUUUCCAUCCUACAACUGAAUGUAGAAAUAAAAAUUUAUACACUACUAAAUUUAAGGUUAAUCUUAAUGAAGCAAUUAAUGAUUCUGAGACUGAUCAAGUAUCAGAAAUGAUUAAUAUUGAAUUAGAUAAUAAAUCUUUAAACUAA